AUUGCGACAAUAAUUGUUGAAAUGUAAUGGAAGAUCGUAACUCGUGAUUUGUGUAGUCGAAGAAAUUCGGAAUGUGAGAAAAUUUGUGGGAAACAGCGCUUCUUCGUGCGUCGUCGUCAAUGCCCGUUGAAGAGGGUUGGGAGGAAGGUGCGGUGUUGUAUACCCCCUCGACACACAGUGGUGGUGUAUUCCGAAACAGUUUAUCCUCGACUGUUGUUCGCACGCGCGCGCGUGGGCCGAGUUUCCACAUGGUUUUUUUACGCACGAGAACUUUGGAGUUGAGUUGACGAACGAGGAGUAGAAGAGAGUCUUCGUUGCGUGGCGAGCACAAGACAACAACAGACACGUGAACGACGACAAACGGACGACGGAAAACGUUCACCACGUUCGAGUUGUGCGCGCAGAGAUGAGCAAGAAACGUAACAGACAGCCAGAUGCGAAUCCCGACGUAAGCGAGGCUUCAACCGAAUCCUGCGAGGAAACCAGCGCAGCAGGUACAAAAUGUCCGCAUAUACCAAAAGCUAUUAAUUUGAACAAAGUGAAGAAGAACUUGAAGAAAACUGGUAUAGGAGGCGAUUGCUUUACGUGCAGGAAACAAGAAAUAGAUUCGAACAAAACAACUGAGAAUGAUACCUUCAAGCUUUUGUGGAUUUGCCUUCAAUGCGGGGAACAAAGCUGCGGUAAGGAACAAGAACAACAUGCCAUACAACACUAUAGAAAACCACAUAGUGACUGCCAUUAUUUGGUGACCGAUACUCACCAGUGGAAUGUUUGGUGCUAUCAAUGUGAAACUGAAGUUCAUCCCAGCAGCAGAAAAAAGUUGUUGGAAACUGUUGAGUUCAUCAAAAAGUGUGUUGCACUUCCACCACUAAUACCUCAAUCAUCAAAAACACCAACGGUUCAGUGCCAAAAUGAAGUGAUAACAAAUGUAGAAGAGACAGAGAAACAUAAGAUAUUAAACAAUCUUCCUAAAAUCGGAGGAUUGACAAAUUUAGGAAAUACUUGCUUUUUUAACGCUGUGCUUCAGUGUUUAGCACAAACUCCGUAUCUAGUAAAGGUGUUGGAUAAUUUACGUUUGCCUGGACAGAAAUUUGUUUUGCCAGGUGGAAAGCACAAGCUUGUCGAUUCCGAGGACGAAGUGGAAUUACCUCCAAUCGAAGGGACUUUGGAACGUUGGGGUAGUUUCACUUCGGUUCUCUGUGAAACUUUAACAAAAAUGCACAACACCAGUGGCCAUCAGACUUACACGCCUUCAAAUCUUUUGAACAAACUCAGGAAAAAAACUACACAGUGCGUGGACGGAGGUCAACACGAUUCGCACGAGUUACUCCGACACUUGUUGGAAAUAGUACGGAAUGAAGAUCUUCGAAGAUACCAGUUUAUAAUUUUGAAGGAGGUCGGUCUCAGCGGAAAGACCAAACCCGAUUGCGUGGAGAAGAGCCUAAAAUCGCGUGUGAAAUUUUACGGCAACCAAGCUAGCACCCGACUGCUCGGUCCGGAAGCGGUAUUUCGCGGCGUGCUGGUAUCCACUCUGGAGUGUUUGGACUGCCACCACUCGUCGCAACGUACCGAACCGUUUUUGGAUCUGAGCUUGCCGGUCACGGCGGACAAGCCACAACCGCCGAUUUUAAAAAGAAAAAACAACGAAAACGAGGACGCCUUCGACAUGAUGAACGUCCAGCAACGCGAUUACCAAGCUUCCAAUUCGCCUUGGAAACAUUUGGCGGAAGCGGUGAAAAAGAAAAAAAAUCGUAAAAACAAACGACAUGAAAAUCACAAUAAUUACAACGCGUCAAUGGAUCCGGAUAAUCCGGCGGAAGAAAACAACGAUAGUGUUCUGAAAUCAGAAGAAAGCGAUGCCGAUGUGGAAGAUAAUAUCGAAGUAGAUAAUUCUCAUCCGGAAAUCGGCGAAUCCGGAUACAGCUCGGAAAAAGCGUCCGCCGUCGCGAGUCCGAUAUCUCCCGCCAAUCAGCAUCACCAUCAUUCGAAUAACGAUUUGAAUGGUGACAUCAACGCUGCUAGCGCGGAGGACGGUAAUCUGGACAACAAUUUGGACACGACACAAAUUAGACACCUAGCCAACAUUAGCGCAUUACCUAGUCCUAGUCCAACUGACGUGUCCAUGACAGAUUUGACUCAGAUCAAAAUAUCGUUAGAAAAAUCAGACAGGAAUGUCGGCGCGGUGAGUUCCGAAAACGAGGCGUCCACCACAGCGUUAUCCUCCUCCAUGAUCGUCAAUUCUGACAUGACGAGCCCCGAGGCGCCUACUGCGAGCUUAAGCAGCUCUGCCGCUUCUAAGGAAAGCCCUACUAGUCCGAUUAACGGCGACGAGGUCAAGGAGAGAUUGGACAAUGUCGAAACGUGGAUGAAGACCGCUUUGUCAAAGUGCAAUAGAAGGAAGUACAAUAAUAGAACAUCUAACGGAGACGAUCCCGAGGAGCAAGACUUGUGCAAUGAAGUUGGCAAUAUAAUGGCGGGAAUGUCCAAGUUGGGAAUUGCCGGACAUCAAUCUCCUGAACGAUAUGCAACCAAGGAGGGCGAAUGUUCCAUAGAAUCGUGCUUGAAUCAAUUCACCGCUUUAGAGUUAAUGACAGGAAGCAACAAAGUUGUCUGCGAGGCGUGCACAGCUCGCGAGAAGAAGAACCACGAAGGCUCGUCGAAAAUGGUAUGCACUUCGAGUACGAAGCAGUAUCUCAUUUCACAAGUACCUCCGGUAUUGAUUCUUCAUUUGAAAAGAUUUCAAACGCAGAGAGUUGGUUUCCGAAAAGUUUUCAAGCACGUGUCGUUUCCAAUUCUGUUCGAUUUGGCGCCGGUUUGCAAGAAUCACAAAAAACCACGACUCUACUCGCUUUACGGAGUCGUCGAGCACAGCGGAACCGUUCACGGUGGUCACUAUGUUGCUUAUGUCAAGACAAGACUGCCAUUAGCACCGGACGACCAUCGGUGGAGUUUUCUUCCUAAAGAUAAAAACGCUCAACCGAAUGACGAGUCGAAUAACUCGAGCUCAGAUUCGGAAGGAGAAGAAGCUUCGGCGAGAGCUGCUUCCGUUAUAGAACCACCACCUGGAAAAUGGUAUCAUGUGUCCGAUUCUCGAGUGUCGGAAGUAGACGAGAAAACAGUGCUGAAAAGUCAAGCGUAUCUCUUGUUCUACGAAAGAAUUCUUUGAUUCGUCAGAGAGUCCAACAGGAUCAAGAAUCGACGAAGUCGCGUUCGCAUUUCCGUUACUCAACCAAGAAAAAGUGAAACAGAAAAAGAGAGAGAGAGAGAGAGAGAGAGAACACAGAGACUUCUAAUGAAUUUUUUAAUUCUGCAACUUCUAGCGUCAUUUUGCGCUCUUUUAUGGAAUAUAUUACAUUAUAAUUGAAAAUAUAUUCAAAUCAUUAUUA